GAAUAUAUAAAAUUUUUGCUUGCACUCUACCUAAGUGUAAUAUCAUAAUCAGCUGAGCGGCGCAUUUUGUUUUCUUCUACGAUCCUACUCAAUUUUUUCGCAUGCAACAGCUAUCGAUAUCGUUCAUCGAAAUUGUUAAUUUCGCAAGCCGGCACAUAGACAUUUGCCGCGUUUUAUGCUUAAGCUUUAUUUUUAGUUUAUUGUGAUUAAUAAGAAAGCAACCCGCUAACACAAAAUGGAAGGUGUAGCCGUGCUUGAGGACAUGUGGACGCCUUACAAGCGUCUGUAUGAUAUAUGCCAAAUGGCCAUAAGGAAUCCGAACGAAGUCACCGCCGAUUUUGAGCUCAGUCUCAAAAAGUACAAACAGAACUUUACAAAUUUCCUACGCAAUCCGCCAAAGAGCGAGAAGAGCCGCACACAUUUGCGCAAUGCCAUGCUAGAGGGUGUCAUGCUAGCAGGGCAAUCACGCAAAGUGGAACUGUCACAAGAGAUAGUCGAUGAGGCGAUAAUACUGUCGGAUAUGUUCGAUCUGGAUGAGAUCUUUUCACUGGAACUGCUCUGCACUGCACAGCGCCAACAGGUGCAUCAUCCAGGCUUGCCGCGCGGCUUAGUUGCUGUACUGCUCUACUAUGAUGGCCGCAAAGCAAUUAGUUGUACGUUGCGCGACAUGUUUCAGGCAAUUAGCGGCGUUUCCUGGAGCACCGAACUGCCCAGAGAGAUGACCGCUUUGAUCAACAACUAUUGCCAGAAUCUAGUGGAAGAUUCGAAUAUACUUGGACGCCUGCUGGAGUUGCUCAUCGAAAUGGACAUCGAAAAGGAGAUCAACUUGCUAACCAAGAAUCGAGCUUUUGGCUCGAAACGGCAUCAAAAUCAGGUGCUUGGUCUCUAUGAGGAUAUACGCAGAGCCUUAGCCAUGGCCCUGUUCAAUUGGUCAGCUCAACGAGGCUUGCCGAAAAAUAUUGCCAUACGUCUGCUUCAGCAUUUGGCUAGCACAAAGUCCACAGAUCCCGAUGGCAAUUUGCAAGAUUUCACAUUAAUAAUGCUGAUGGCCUUGAUGUAUGCGUAUGAUACGUCCGUAUUGUUGAUAAAUGAAUGCAAUAAUCCGCAUACUGCACGGCUGCCCAUAUUAAGUGAUCCGGACUAUGCCAAAUGCUUCUACGAUGCAAUCUAUGCACAAAAUACCUGGCAGACACCAUAUUUGGAUGCCCAGAUCAAAUAUAGCUUUGGCUUAACAUUGGCCAGUCUGCGCCAGGCGCCCAGCGAACUGCAGGCGAAUGCUGGUGCCCUCAUCAAUCGGGAUGAGCAACUAAUUGAUGAGGCGCUCGCAGCAAAUGUCUUCACAUUCUUCUAUCACCAUUUGCUUAAUAAGAAUGUCGUCUAUGCCACCGAAUUCAUUUAUCGUCGCUUGCAUCUGCUCAUCACAGACUUUAUAGACUUCAUGCAUGCCAAGGUUUCGGAGCUGCGCGGACGUGCCGAUGAGACAGCCCGCACAGUGAUUAGUUUCCAAAACGAAGGACUCGAACCGCCGCCCAAUUUGGAUGUCAACUUUGAGCUGCUGAUGCUGUGCGUGGCCAAGCUGUAUGGUGAUAAGCGUGCCACAAUUACGCUAUGCAACGAGUAUUGGGGCCCAACCGAUGCAACAUCAAACGGUGCCGCCAAUUACGUACAAAAUACCUCGCGUGCUGUCUCCCUGUUCAAGUUCAUACGCUUAGCCAGCGAACUGCUGCCGCAAACGCUCUUCAGAUCAUACCUAAAGAUGAUUGCGGGCUUAACACGCACCGAAUUUGCUGCCAGAUGCGCUUUCAAUCUACUCAAGAAUUCACAGAAUUUAUCUUCCACCUAUGCCGUUAGCUGGGAUCAUUUCUUUAAUGCGCUCAACAAUUACUUCAACAAUAUGCGCACAGACUAUGAUGCGAUAUCAAAUUCUGGCAACACGAUAUAUCGCACCACUGGUAUGCCGCGAAAUAUGACGCCACGUGAAACGGAGCACAUGGUCGCCGUGAUGGGCAUAAUGCAGGCCGUUGCCGAGAAAGAUGAAAUCUCUCGCAUAAUGUUAUGCGACCAGGUCAAUUGGCAGACGCCGCAGGUGUUGCUCGGUUUGGUAGCGUGCGCCACGCCGGUAAUGCUUAAGGGUGAAAUACUGUUCACGCUUGCGGCCUUGGCGCGCUCCAAGGAGACGGCACGUACCAUUUGGUUUCAUUUGGAGGAGUCACAAAUUAUACCCACAAUACCGUCCGUGUCCACGACUUACGCUGAGUUCAGCUUAGCGGAGGAGAUCAAUCAGAACGAGAGUCGCUUGGAGGAAUACAAGUUGAGUCGAGGCAUACUCCAAUUACUCUACACACUAAUGACCACAAAUAUGCCAAGGAGCUUGGGCUGUGGUCCACGCAAACCUGGCUAUGACCCAUAUUUGAAAUUUGUGCUCGAAUCCAUAUUGUUGAAGUUCUAUAAUCGUGCCUAUAAGGAUGUCACCGAGAAGUGGGAAGUGGGUGCCAAAUGCUUGAAGCUUUUAUAUUUCCUGCUCGUCAGCUAUCGGCCAAAGGCAUCCGAUUUCCUAGAGCAACGCGAUGAACAUCCAUAUCCGGGCUAUCACGUAAUGCUGCAGCUGCAAGUCAAAUCGGAUAUGUUGCGCCUAAUACUACGAAUCAUUGAGGAGGCACGCGAACGCCUCGACGACUUCAAUCAGUUCAAUGGCAAAGAGCUGCUCGAGGAAUGCGCUCUAUACGCUCUGCUAAUGCUUGAGGUGGCAUUAUCUAAGCAAAAUGCCUUCUUCGAAGCUCACGCCACGUCCAAUUGUUCGAUAUUGUUGCUGGGGCUCAAUCGCAUGCUGCUCGAUCUAAAUCCGCGCACUCGCAAUCCCGACUACGUUCUCAACAUCGUUAAAUUUGUCAGCUUCAACAGCUGGCUGCCGCGUCACACGUUGGCAGCAAUUAAGAUCUUGAGUGCUGUUAGCCUGCUGCCCGAUGUAGUUACCCAGAUAUUGAAUAUGUAUGCGCAUGGCAGCAACGAGAAACUCGAGAUACGUCAGAGAUUUGUCGAAUGCCUCGAAAUGCGUCGCUGCCACCAGACAUACGAUGAGGAACAAUCCCAACAACUUAAGACCUUUGAUCAGUAUAGAUAUGCGAUCAAUGGGAAUCUGAAUGAAAGCGAAAUGCAAGUGGAUCUGGAUGCGCUCGAUCAACGGAAGCCCCAGCGCAUCGAACUGCAGAUUAAGGAAGCAAUUGUUGAACUGUUCGAAGCGAAUUUGAGCCAGCCAAUGCCAAAUUUCAUAUACUUUCUGCUUGGCAUCGACGUCAUACGCGACUUUCUGGGCAACGAGAAGCAACCGCAGCUGGGCCUAGAAGUGAAUUGUUCGUGCAUCAAUUCAAUGGUGCUGCUGCUCGAGCGCUAUCUAGAGCAACAGCGACAUAGCGACGAGUAUUGCGAGCAUACGACCCACAUUGUGGAACGUAUCUAUCAUCUAUUCCAUGGCCUUUGCGCCAAUCGCCGCACAUCGGAGGCAAUUUUACGCUAUUUCCGUUUGACCUGCAAUGAUUUUCUGCUACGUCAUUUGACGGCAAUGCCAUUCCGUCAUUCUGACCAGGAUAACGUGCUGCACGCAAUGAGCCACCUAAUGAAUUGUGUCUCCAUUGAAAUGAAGUUGGCUGCCACAUAUGGACAGACGACACGAUAUGCUCUAUUAUCGGAUAUACUCCUGGCUGUCAAUUCGGAUACGCAGCGCAAUGGACACAGUUUGCCAUUGGAGAUAAGCAACAAUAUGCUAACGCCGCCGACUUCAAAUCACUUUGGCGAUGUGCUGCCGGGUCGGACAAUGUUGCAGACAACAUCGCUGGGUCUGCAUGCGAAUCGCUUGCUCGAUUGCUUAACACUGGAGACCCAAACGCUUGUACAGCCCAAACUGGAAUUUUUCGAUGAGCGACUCUUGGGCAGCUUACUAACCGAUUGCGAGGGCAAAGGCAGCAGUAAUGCAGCCGGCAUGAUCAAUAUACACAAACUACAUGAUAUACUGCAUGAUGAGCUGCGUCACGUACAGAGCACCAUUGCCAGCGGGCAGCGCAAGUCGAUUGUCGACGAGAUCACUGUCCUCCUGCAAUAUGCCAUCAAAAUGAACGGUGUGCGUAUGCAAAGAUUUGCCACCUAUAGCUAUAUGAGUGGCUGGUGUAAUCUCGUCCAGGUGCUGUUUAGCCUAAUGCCCAAUACGGUGCUGCCAAUAAGUGUGCGCAAGCAGCAUAUCAUUGAUAUCGUUGAGAAGAUAAUGCUAAAGGUGGAACCGCAACAGCCACUGAUUAAGAUCUCCAUACAGGUGUCCGAUACGAUCUUGUUGCUUUCGGCUAAUUUAAGGCAUUGCUACUAUCAGCUAGAGGAUCAGCGUUCUCUGGACGAGCAUGGCAAUGUUGUUUGCCUAACGGAUAUGCCAAGUGCUGUGGAUGCCAAGCAAAUGGGUUCAAAUGCCAACACGACCAACAACGCCAGCAACAAUCAGAGCAACGGCAACAAUAAAACAAUGAAUAAUAUCAACAGCAAUAAUAACAAUAGCAAUUUGCUGAGCACGAACAGCUGCAGCAGCAGCAAUUUACGUUUUAUAAUCAAACGCCUCAUCGACUGGAUUAUGACCUGUGAGGUGAAAUCCCAAAAGCUAAGCAUCAAUCUAUAUGCCACAUUGCUCAAUUGCCUGCGGAUUGUGAAGCGUGUGCGUAGCGAGGCGCAAGUGGAAUACGAUGAAACCUUUCUGGAACGCAAGGAUGGCUAUGGCAGCCUAAUGGAUGGCUCACACGGCGAUACGUUCUAUCAAAAGGAAAUGGCGGCUGAGAUCAUAAGCAGCAUGGGCGAAAAACUGAUUGAUACCAUAUGUCAUGAUGCCAUAACGGGUCACGAUGUUUGCAGCAUGCUAGCGUUAUCCUGUUUGGAUCUGAUAUCUGAGCUGCGCGCGUUCAGUACGCUUAGCGAAACGAUAGCAACGCGUGGCUACUUGAAGCAUUUGCUCAGCAGCUUGGCCAAAUCGGAUGAGAGUCUGCGUGAAGUGCUAAAGCCUAUGCCGCACAAUAUGCGGCCACUUUUCGUCUACGAAUCGUGCAUGGCAUUCCUAACGCAAAUGGCUGAAACACAUCUGGGCGCCACCCUACUGCUGGGCGAGGGUGCAUUGGGUGUGCUAGCCAAUAUGACCAUCUAUGAUAUGCAGCCGGAUAUUAAGUCGAGUGAACUGGAACGCCACUCGCCAAGCAAUUUUAUACCAGCGAUCGAUGCACGCUUUCGUUCCAUACUAAUGCCAGCAUUGUCCCUAUGCGAUAGCAUCAUCGACUCACUUGGCAUUAACAAUAAUUCCGCCUCGCUGCAAGUGUUGAAUUUUCUAUUCGCUCACAUUGAAAUGAUCGAGGGUAUGCUGCGUGCUGCAUCGCCAUUCAUGCAGCUGGGCAAUUUGAAACUGUUAGCAACGAUCACAAAUCUGUUUGCACGCACCACCACGUACGACGUGUCCACAAUUGAGAAAUGCUUGAAGAUUCAUCACGACGUCGAGAUGAAUAAUCGUCUGAGCCGGCUGCAGCAAUUGAUGAUUGUGGUCUUUGGUCGUUUCACGAUCAAUGAAGAAACCAUACGACGCAUGCUAUGUCAGGAGCGCACCCAAAACGAUCUACCCGAUCUGACCGAGGAGCAAAAGAGGCAACAUGUUAAAUUCUUCUUAGAUAUCACGGCGAAUCUAUCCUUGUUCUGCCGACACGCUGUAACGAGUCAUGUGCGCGAUGGCAUCACAUCCAAAUAUUUGAUAACCACAAUGAUAAAUGAUGUGACGCCACUUUCGGGCAAAUCGGACUGCAAAAAACUGACGGCUGUUAUGCAGACCAUAAUGAAUCAGCUGAAGGGCUCGAUUGCCUAUUUCCUGUCACAGAAAUCAAUUGCUGACAAUUUAGUGCAACAACGCGCCUCACUGCCCAACAUAACAUUUGGACCGAGUGGCAAGCAAAACUAUUUGGAACUGAGUCAACGUCACUCUGAGAAGCACAACGAACUAAUGUUAGCUGUUUUUAUAGCUGAACAGAAUUUAUAUUUACUUUGGAUACAUUUGGACUUCUAUUUUCGCAAUGCGGUCAUCUAUUCGCGAGAGAAUCGUACGUCCAUUAACGAAACCUGUUUGGAUCCCAACAAUAUGUCCGUGCUGAAUGCCACGCACGAUGAGAUAACACAGCUGAAGCAAAUGCUUAUUUCCAAUUUCAAUGAAACAUUUUGUACACAAUUAAUUACCGCCAGCGAAGAGUAUUCAUUGAAGUGUAAAAACUUCAAUACAGCUUUGUUGCGCCGCAUUAAGGCGCUUGUUCAAUUCGCACCACACGUCUGA